UCCUUGUGGCGCAUAUUGAUGGCCCUCUCGUUCGCCGCCGUCGUCCUGCUGCUCCUCCUCCUCCUCUCGCCCGCCUGCGCCCAGCUGCCCGGCGCCAACACCACCGACGCUGCCAUCGACCUGAUCCGGGCGAUAUACAACAAGACAGUGGACAUGGAAAACGAGCUGCUCGACUUCUGGCUCCAGUUUGGGCCGGACGGACCGAUAGACAAACCGGGCAGCUUCUACGGAGAGAUCGACGAGAACGGCGUUGGCAAGGAGAACAGCAACAAGUAUCUGCAGCAGCAGGCCAGGCACCUUUGGACUUUCUCGACGGCGUACGCGAUGAGGGCGGAGAGGCGGACCGACGAGGUGGCCAAUCUGAUGAAGCGGCAGAUGGAGUUUAUGCGCGACAGUUUUUGGGACGAUGACGCCAAAUUCUUCAACUAAAUGGUGCGGGCAUGUCGCUUGACGCCCACCUCCCAGAAGCACACGCCAUGCACUUGCCCUUCCUGUUGUGUGGGUCGACCUGCAGAUGUCUGCAGAUGGCAACCCUGUCAGCCCGGCAAAGAAGGUCUACGAGAAUGCCUUUGCGAUUUAUGGCCUCUCAGCGUUUGCCAUGGCCUUCAAGCUCCGAUUCAGCGAUCUUGCAGAGCAGGCCGAGACGCUCGCCAUGGCCGUCUACCGCACCCUGAGGACCGAAUUCGCGGAGCCCACACAUGGCGGCUACAAGGACACUAUGUGUGGGCGGUGUAAGGGCCUCGACACCCACUUACACCUACUUGAGGCUUUCGCGCAGCUCUAUGUGCUCACGGGAGACGCGGACGUUUUGGCCUCGGUCGACGAGCUUUAUGCCAUCCACUUGGACCAUAUUCUCGCGGGCGAGUACUGUAAGACACACAGGAUGACCACUUGUCCGCUCGUGUGUGUUUGGUAUGUGUUCUGCCAAUGGUGCAGGCAUCGAGUACAUGAACGACGACUGGACCCCCGCCAGUUCCAACACCUACGGCGUCUACGGGCACUGCUUCGAGGUCUCCUGCCUCUUGCUCGACAGCGCCCGCCUCAUCCACAGAGAGUACGAGGGCCUCAGGGAAGCCCUCCUUAAAGUCGGGGAGUACCACAGCAAAGAGGCCUACGACGCCGAGAGAGGCGGCUUCUACAACACCUUUGUCAUCGCCAACCCUGCGCAGAAGGACACCACCAAGAUCUGGUGGGUGCAGGCCGAGGCGCUCCCGGGCCUCUGGAACAUGUACGUCGAGACGGGCGAUGUCGAGCACCUGAGGCGGCUGCUGGGCAUGGUCGAGUACAUCGAAAAGUACCAGAGAGUGAGCGAGACGGUGGGCGAGUGGUGGGAGGAGACCGACGAGACCGGCAAGGUGGUGCUGGACAAGAAGCGCCUGUCGCACGAGUGGAAGAGCAGCUACCACACGUCAAGAGCCCUGCUGUUCCUCAACUACUGGAUCAGCAAGACGGGUGUGGUCGACCUAUCACACCCCUCACAAAGAGUCAGCUAAGCGGCUCUUUGCUAAGCGGCUCUUUGCUGACUGACUGACAAGGGGAUUGAGCAGGCCGUUGUCUCAUCUGUCCAACGACGCAGCGCGCGCGAGAAUGGGUUGUGGUUAGUUGUCAGUGAGUGAAUGAGUGCUGGUGGAUGAUUUGUCAGUUGAUUGAUGCGACGACAUGUGAUGUGUAGCGGUGAUCGAUCCAGCCAGCCAGUGUCUGCAUGUGUAUUUGGUUGUCGUCUCUCGGCAGGCUGCAUGCCUUGCCUUGCCUUGCCUUAAUUGUGGUUGCGUCACGUUCAUUCCAUCUGUGUGUUUACCAGCGGGCGGGACACGCGACACACGUGGACACGUGCGGGCGGCUGGUUGUGUUUCAAUUCUGCCUGCCUGCCUACCAGACUAUGCGUAUGUGCGUGUUUGUCUGUCUGUUUGUCUGACGCACGUGUGAAAUUUAGGACCGUUCUAUGAGAGUUUGUGAGGUGCCUUCAUGGCCC